AUGCCGAGAAAAAAAUUCAAACCCCCAAAACCAUCACCAAUUGUCGAAGCAGAAAUUGGCUCCGAAUAUGACUUAAAUGACACAACAAAUGAAGUCUUGCCUGCAAUUAAACAGUUAUCUUCCCCUGAUGCAACAGAGCGUGCUUGGGCUGCCAGCAGCGUCUCAAAUCUCGUAAUGGGAGAUAAAAAUAUUUGUCGUCUAUUAUUAUCAAAUGAUUUAAUUAGGUUUCUCAUAGAGCGUUUAACCGACAGCGUAUAUGAAGUAAUCAGUGAAGUACUCGGUACCUUCGAAGUAUGUGCCGAGAUGUACGAUAAGGAUAUACUUACCCCGUUGAUACCGCUAGUGUCAAAGGUUUCUAUAAUAAUUGAUAACAUUUUGCGGGAUAUUCCCCCUGAAUCUGAUCCCAUCGAAGGCACUAGAAAAACAAUAUGGACUUUCGCGGAAAAUAUAAUAUACAUAAUUUGGUCUUUAAGCGAGGUUUCUCAAAAAGCUCUUAAAAGCAUAAACAACGCGAAUGUCGUUCCAUUUUUGGUAUCCUUCUUCAUGCAUUCUAAAAAAAUUCCCGGAAAAACAGUUCUUGCCGCUGCGCAAUGUCUUCAUACAAUAACGGACGAAAAUCCGGACAUUCAUUUUCACUUUGAACAGAAUCCACAAUAUAUGCAAGUAUUAUUGAAUGGUGUUAAAAAUGAGGAAAACAUCUCAUCUGAAUUAACCGAGACUUUAUUGCUUAUUAAAGUUUUAUAUUGCGGAAUUCUUUCGAAUCUUCGUUCUAUUUACACUUUUGCUGGAAUUGAUCCCGUCUCAGAACAGAAUUUGUAUUUGUUGCCUGUAUUGACAUCUCGUUUGACACUUGACCUUGACAAGCUUGCAGACGAGGUAGUUGAUGUGACUUCAAGAAUUGAAACCACCGCAUAUCAUUCAAAGGACUCACUGUCUAAUACUGAAGAGGAAAGGCUAGAUAAGGUCAAUAGUCAGCUAACGACUUUGCAAUUGGCACUCGAAAUCUUAAAUAAGAUUUGUUCCGAAGGAAUCUUUAAAGAUGAUGAUGACGAUGAAACUAACGCGAAAGAAAAUUUACCAAGGGAGGAUAAUGACGUUCUAAUGACAGAUGCGAAUAAUGAUGAUUAUCCAAAAUAUAACAUGCAAGAGCUGCCUACAUUAAAUACGAUGGCAACCGUCGUUUUACCUGAGUUACUUCGCCUGGCUAAUCCGGCACAUCUUUCAUUCCCUGAACAACUCGGUUCAUCAGGGCCUACAAUUGUGCGCAACGUUACACGACUAUUUGCAACAGUUCAUCUAAGGGCUAUUGAAUGUCUGAAUAAUUAUCUUCUGAUAAUGGCGGAUGUUGUAGAAGGAAAAUGGUGGUUCACACAGUGUAGAUACGAAGCUCAACAGACAUGGAUACGGUUAUUUGAAUUGUUCAACAAAGUUUCGAGUAUAAAUACGAAAGCUGGAAUGGGAGAAUAUAUGCAGGAAACAAAAGAUGAAAUUUUGGAAACAUUAAUGGGAUGCCUUUGGACAUUGUCCCGGGGAUUGGAUGGUGAUGUGCCACUUGCUGCAAAUCAAAUCCAAGAAUUGAUUGAUUACUACAAGUUGAAUGUUUCAGAAAGCAUGUGCGUGAAGAUAAUAGGAACCCUUGGCGUAAUUGCCAGACGACAAAAUGCGAUAGAAGAUAAUAGGAGGAUUGGCACCUUUUUAUUUGAAAUAAUACAAAAUCAAUUGCAAGCGCAUCCCGCAUCUCUAGAUUGUACGGUUGAGUCUCUCAAUGCGAUAUAUGAUAUAUACGCAGAUAAGGAUUUUGAUUACGAUAGACCGGUAUUUGUCCAGGGUAGUUUUUUGCAACUGAUGGAAAGUAUGGUUGAUGCCGUAUAUAGCAUG